AUGGCGGCGCCCAGCAAAGGUGAUGGUCGCGGCGCGGGCGGUAUAGAAUUGACGAAAGAAUUGCGUGAUCCUUACGUCGUUUUCUAUGACGAAGAUGUGCUCACGCCUUUCCCGGAUGCCCAGCCUCUCUCCAGUCUUGAGGAGUUUGCUGACAAGUACCUGCGCGAUAAAAAGGCGAUGGUCGAAGCGGAGACAGCGCCGGAAGUUCAGGAGGUUCUGCCGGAGGAGCCCGAGGAACGCAGCGGCCGCCUUCGUCGUGGUCCGCGCACCCUGGCCAGCGUGGUGGAGCGCAGCAUGAUGGGAGGCAUGCACACCAAGGGGCCCCUGAGCAUCCUCUACCGAGCAGUGCGCGACCGGCUACGCGUCAAGGUUUGGACGCGUAGCCACACGCGGGUUCGCAGCAUCCUGAUGGGCUUCGUGCACGCCUACGACCGGCACGUCAACCUUGCGCUGGCCGACGUCGACGAGGUGCUGCUGCUGCCGCCGCCGCCAUCUCUACCCACGGCGACAGCGCAGGCAACAGCGGCGACCAGUGCGCCUGCACCGGUGCCGACCCAGCCAGCGCAGCAAGAAGAGGAGGAGGUGGCCAAGCCGAGCGCCCUCGCUGCCGCGCCUACCGUGCUCCCGCUUCCCGCGUGGGCGACUACGUCGAGCAGCACAGACACGGUGCCUGAGGAGGAAGAAUCUUCAUCUGGCUGCCCUACUCCGACCGCAACGACCAGCGGCGACACUUCGUCGUCCGAGGUGCGGCCGAGGAGGGGGAGUCCGCGCCGCAAGGCCGCCUGCAUCCCGUUGGACUCGCUUGAUGUUCAGCCGGAGUCCGACAAAGAUGAGCCGGCUGAACGACCGACCGACCCGAGACCCCCCGCGGCAGAGCCGACGACGCCCGCGGCUCAGAGGAAGCGACCCGCGAGGACCGGUCGGGCCCGACGUCGCGCCGCCGCCCCGACCCUGGCGCCGCGAACGAGGCACGUCAACCAGCUGUUCGUGCGGGGCGAGAACGUCGUCUCCGUCGCCCUGAUGCCCGUCUGACUGCGCGGGACGGAACUAUCGCCCCGUCCGAGGGCGUUUCUUUCCCAAAGAUCGCACACCGUACUAGUCCUUCGUACGGGCAGAUCGAGUCCAGGUGCAUGCAACCCGGCGGAUCUGCGGAGUUGGCCAGCACGUUUGACGACGAGACAACUUCCGUCGUUUCCUGCGCCUGGCGUUCCCGUUAAGUACAAAGAAGAACCCAGAAGCGUAUCGAAUUAGCCCGGUUGGUAGAUUGCGAAGCGUGAAGGAAACAGCACAAAAGACCAUGGACCAAGUCGAGAAUAGACAAGCACAGAGUUGACUAGCAAGUCACCUCUAUUGUGUCUUGACGACGGUGUUAGAGAGCGCGAUACGUGGAAGCAAAAAGAAAACCGUCAAACAGUUACAAAUGCCAUCGAUCGUGACACCGCACCGUUGCGGUGAUAUCGUUUUCUCGUGUUUCUUUGCAUACACUGAUCUUGCUGCCUACAUAUUGGCGUCAGGGCGUAAUAAAAGUUGGUUCAGUCAGCGCUGGGUUUACUUACUCUCGACUUCGUCGAGGUAUUUUGAGCUGUUUUAUUCACGUUCCACAAAGAACCGUUAUGUCGUUAUGUGUACGAACGAGAUAUGGAAAAAAAAAAAACGUUCGCUCUUUGCUUGUUCUCGACCACAGCGGCCACGACGGGCGCUGGUUGCAUCACCGUCACUGCCGGCAACAAACGACCGUCCGGUAUAUCCGUGUGACACAGGUGCCCGGAUUCCGACACCCUUCGUGGACCGCAUCGCGCUCUCACACUUGGGAAACGCUCCCUGAAGAAGAAAGAGGACCCGCGGUGGCCCGCAGUGCGCCUGUGCUUCGGUCACCACCGUUCGCCCUCCUGGUGGCCGGCCGUGGGACGCGAACGAAGCCAGCGAAACCGGAGGUUGCCUCGCCCUUCGAAUUCCGCAGCAGGGCCACCGUGGCGGCAUCCGUCCUAUAACUACGGACUUCGUUCUAUGUUUGGUGACGCAGCGCAGUGCCAAAUACACCGCUGCAGCCCACCUCGAGAUGAUUUGCACUGAUGCACCAUCCAAUUAUUUAAUUGACGUCGUGGUUGAGACGAACUUCUUUCACUAUAUCGGCGUCUUUCGGGAACAAAGUUUUGGAGCGCCGAGCCUUAGAAGACGUGCGCACUGUGGGUUGUGCGGUUUUGUGUUUAUGGGCGGAGCUUGUACAGAAUUCUCAGCUUGUCACUCAGUGCAUACAUCUUCGUAUGGAACUCUGCGCCGUAGAAAUGCAUCGGCCUUCAGACUCGGGAGUCGACUUGCAAGCGCUGCGUGGUGAUAGUGAUGAUUGCGUUGUGAACGUACAAUAAUUUUGUGCACGUUGUAUCUAACAACGUGACGGCUUGCUGCAAUGUAGAGAAGCUUGCCUGCAGGAAGGACUUCACGCUCGCGCAUUAUACGGAGCGUCCCCUCUCCGGUUAUGCCCGAUGGUUGUAGAAAUUUCAGUCCAGAGCCCCCGAAGCAUGGAACUAGUUUCUUCAAAGCUAACUGCAAAAGCUUAAGGUCAUGAGAAACACACAGAUCUAUCUCACAAGCCUCGUUAGGAGGACAACUUUAGUUGCCAAUAUGGAAGCAGAAGUAAGUGCCAUUGUCACGCUCCUCUUGUCGCGUGCGCCCAUAAUGAAGCGAUCUUCUGCAAAAACGUUCCUUGCCAAAAUGCAGAUCGUCGUCUGUACAUAUGCAGAAACAUUUAAAAACUUGAAAAAGCACGCGACGUCGGAGGUUUAGUCGCACUCGCGUCUUCAUUUGAAGUUUCUUCAAGAUUCUGACCGCUACAGUGCGCAACUCGGGGCGCAAUUACGAUGUCUGGAAUAUACGCGCGCCCUCACGCGUUUUUCACAGAAGGUAUGUAUAGCCAACACGCGGCAGCAGUGUCGAUAAAUAAACGCACACGAAACGUGAA